AUGACCUGGCGAGAGAGGCGCACCUUCACAGGCAUCAACUCAGCAGGAGCAGCAGCAGCAGCAGCAGCAGCAGGAGCAGCAGCAGCAGCAGCUGCUGCUGCUGCUGCAGCAACAGGAGCAGCAGCAGCAGGAGCAGCAGCAGCAGCAGCAGGAGCAGCUACAGGAGCAGCAGCUGUUGCUGUUGCUGUUGCUGCUGCUCCAACUCAGCAGGAGCAGCAGCAGCAGCAGCAGCAGGAGCAGCAGCAGCAGCAGCAGCAGCAGCAGCAGCAGCAGGAGCAGCAGCAGCAGGAGCAGCUGCAGGAGCAGCUGCAGGAGCAGCAGCUGUUGCUGCUCCUGCUGCUCCUGUUUCUGCUGCUGCUGAUGCUGCUGCACCUGGUGACGGUGCCGCUGCUGCUGGCUGAGCCUCCACGGGCUCUACGCUGUCUUCAGCAGCAGCAGCAGGAGCAGCAGCAGCAGCAGGAGCAGCAGCAGGAGCAGCAGCAGCAGUAG